GGGCCUAGUGUUAAAACGGGGAGUUCUUGAAGUUCGUAGAUUAGUCUGCAGAAUGUUGCGUCUGGAUGUCCCAACCUCAGACUAGGAGAACUCUCAAAAACGAAAACUGAUUGGUCCAGAUAACUAGUUUUUAAGGAAGCCAUAGAAAGAGAAAACAAAAUGGGACUGCAUCAUGCGCCACUUUUUCUUGUCGUAAUAUUCGGGUCUUUCCUACAAACAACACAAGAUAACCCACCCAUUACUGUUGAAAGCUGUCAACAUACCGAUGUUCUUCUGGAAUGCAACUGCUCAAAAAUGGCAAAGGAAUUAAAGUGGCAAAAAGAUAACAAAUCAAUUUAUUCAGAUAACAGUACUAUGGAGAGCUACACAGACCGGAUUAAAAUGUUUCUAAGUGAAAGCUCCAAAAACUGCUCUAUCCUUCUGAAGAACAUCACAGAAGGGGACGGUGGCGAUUACAAGUGUCUUUUUUUUGAAGGAGGAAUAUAUUCCAAAAACAUUGUGACAUUACACGUCAACAUGAACUCAACACAAUGUUCAGUUCGUGGAACAACGGAAAGGGUCAUAAGUCCUUCCACAGACCGUCCAGAGGAGUAUUUUGCAUUCAUCAUCAUACCUGCACUUCUGCUCUUUGGCUGCAUUUUUCUUCUUUUACGAAAACGAAGGAACCAGCUACAUAAUAAGCAAAAGGGGGAACCAGUUGCACGUCACUUCUUUCCACCUCUGAUCAUCAGACCAGACAUGGACCAAGAACCAGAAAGGCAACUUCCUUUGCGCUGAGCCUCCAGACUGCCCUGAUUCUGAUCUGACCUAUUAUCAUCAGGAUGUGUCUUAACAAGAGCCAUCGAAAAGACUGCCGACGCAACUUUCUGUAAACUGUCUUAUAAGCUCUCUACCAUCAUCCUUUGUUGUUGCUAAACACCUGACAACGGGUUUGUUUUUUGGUGUUUUUGAAUUCUCUUGGGAACAAUAGGAGGAACAUUUGUAAGCUUUUAAAAAUCACCAGCCAGAAUGUGCAGCUCUUUAAUUUUAUUUUACAUUGAGCUGAGCUCUUAUAAUAAUGUUUACUUUAGCUGGAUGUAGAAAUUAUCUUAUCAUUGUAAUUAAAAUAUAUAUAAUCAACAGGGAUGCAAAGCAAAUCUAUUUCCAUUUGAUCAGAAAUAUUCCUUUUUACAGAGACUUAAUUUCUAUCUAUAUUUAUGUAACAAAUAUUUUUAGGCAUCAUGUAGCUAUUGGGUGAUUAAUAUUUCUUUCUUUCUGCAGAUGUAAUCAGAUGUAGUGCCAUAUCUUUGUUCUUUGUUAAUGGAUAAUAUCAUUUAUUUCUGUCUACACUUUCUUAACCUAUAUUAGGCUGAUGUACAUAAGAUAUUGUUUGUUUUUCCUUUCAGUUGAAAGUAUGUAACUUUUGUAAGAUAUUCAAGAGGUUUGAUACCUUUUAAUUAAUCCCUACUGCCAAAGAGAAUCAUUUUGAUUUUUAAUAUUUUUAAAGAGGAUUUUGAACAAUAGGAGCUGGACUCCAAUAAAACUGCACUGAGAAAAUAAGAUACUAAAAUGUUUCCGCUUCAUCAGGGUCAACAAAGACAAACUGCUGAUUCAAGCCAUGGAGGGUUUUUUUUAAGGAAGUAGACAAAAUGUGAAUAAAAGGUCAAAGUCAGCAAAGUAUUUAAAGGAAAAGCUCAUAAUGACUCUUCCUCCAUAAUGACUCAGAAACAAAGGAAAAUGACCUUUUGUGCCUGGAAUACUCUCUACCAAUUGUCUUUUGUUUUUGCUUUCCUGUUUUCAAGUUAAUUUUCAAAUGGAUAAAGCUGAGGAAAGGUGCUAAUUAAGAUAUAGUUAGAUCGAAUGUAACAAUGUUCAAUUCACUGAAGAGAUGCAGCUAGCAGCUUAAGAAAUGUACUGUGAUUCCCUCCCCCUAAAAUGUGGUCAGACUGUCUACUGUGCACUUCCUUUGUAAUUUGGGAUUUGAAACACUAAUGUACAAAGUGUAUUUACUGUAUAAGCAUUUUUUUUUAAAAUUAAACUUAAUAGAAAAAUGUU